CUCUCCCCAAACCCCCAAAACCCAAUCUUUUUUCUCUCUCUCUGGUUAGGGUUCGUGCCGUCUCCAUGGCCGGCGCUGGCAUCCACCCGUUCCACCAGCAGUGGCCGCCCGCGGCGGCCGCGUCGGUGCCUCCGGCCGUGCCCCCGCCUCCCCCCGUGCCCGGCGUGCCCGACGCCGCCGCCCGCCCCGGCUCCGACGAGGUCCGCACCAUCUUCAUCACGGGUCUCCCCGUCGACGUCAAGGAGCGGGAGCUGCACAACCUCCUGCGCUGGCUCCCGGGGUUCGAGGCCUCCCAGAUCAACUUCAAGGGCGACCAGCCCAUGGGGUUCGCGCUCUUCUCCUACGCGCACCACGCCAACGCCGCCAAGGCCGCGCUGCAGGAUCUCGUCUUCGAUGCGGAGACCAAGUCAGCGCUGCACAUCGAGAUGGCCAAGAAGAACCUAUUCAUCAAAAGAGGAGCUGAUGCAAAUGCUAUGGACCAAAGUAAACGCCUGCGAACUGGUGGAGAUUAUACUCAUUCUCCAUAUGCUCCUCCAUUUCACCCACCCCCACCAGCUGUUGCCGUGUGGGGAAAUGCAGGUUAUUUGGCAGCACCGCCUCCUUAUAAUCCAUAUGCUGCCUAUCCGGUGCCCCCAGUACCAAUGGCUUCACCUUCUCCCUUGCCAGGUCCAACAGCAUAUGCUCCUGUGCAGAACACAAAAGAUAAUCCUCCAUGCAAUACCCUUUUUAUUGGCAAUCUUGGUGAAACUGUUGUUGAAGAGGAAUUGCGGGGCCUCUUCAGUGUGCAACCUGGUUUCAAACAAAUGAAAGUGUUGCGUCAAGACAGGAACACUGUUUGUUUUAUUGAAUUUGAUGAUGUGAGUGCUGCUUCUGCCGUACACCAUACUUUGCAGGGUGCUGUUAUUCCUAGCUCUGGUCGCGGUGGAAUGCGAAUUCAAUUUUCAAAAAAUCCUUUUGGGCGAAGGAAGGAUUUAGUCGGUGGCAUGGCUGGCACUCUCAAUGGAGCUCCUUCAAACUGAUACCUGCUUGAGGGGAUGUAUCUUGAUCUUUGGCAUGCCAUCUUGAAUUAUCAUCUGCAUGUUCUGCUAAAUGUCCUUUUUCUGUCAUGUAUGGCAUCAUCUUCAUUAGGUGGAGUUUCUGGGGCAUGAUCAUCACCUUCAUUAGGUGGAAUUUCUGGGACAUCAUCAUCAUCUGGUAGACAUUGCAUUGUCACCAUUGUCAUCGUUGGUGGUGUCAACUCCUUUAUAUUAGCUAUUGUGUUUUGAGAAGGCCAUUCUGAAUGUUUCUUAGAUGUGCAUUUGGCAUCUGUCAUGAAAAUUAUGUAGUGUUAUGUAGUUCAGUGUGCAGUUGCAACAUUUCAUCUGUUCAUGGCAUUGCCACAUUACAAUCUCGACAUAUACUGUAAUAGUAUAACAGACUUCUUUUUUGGCUUUGCUAACAAUUCAGUGUUGAGAAAUGUUGGGAUGAUUCAUAUCAUGUCAUGCAUGUUCAUGGAGAAGCACAGUGAUAGGCAUCAUGACAUGGCAUUACUCAUUUGAUGAACUCUGGAGCAUUGUGUUCACUGCAAGAAGCAUGCAAUUAUCCGUAGCUGUUUAACUUGGUUGACUUUUUCAGUACAUAAUUUCUCUCCUGGCUGAGAGUAGCUAACAGUGACUAUAAAUUUCAAAAUGCUGCAAGUCCAGCCUUUUGUUUUUCAGUAGCAGAUGGUAAAACACCUAAGAAGAUGCGGCUCCUUCGGUAAGAGAAGCUCAUGGAAGCCCAUGGUAAGCAGUCUGCAGAGGCGAUGCAGAGAUGGUUAUGCAACUGAUGAAGUGUUCCACAUCAGCUUUAUUAGUGUUUAAUUGGAAGUUAUUGUAUCAUCUGGUUAGUCAUUUACUUGCUGAACUGUUCAUGGUCUCUCUAUAAAGCCGAGAAGUGACAUAAUCGCAAUGUUUGCUUA